AUGGUCUUUAUCAUAGGAAAGAGGUUUCUCGGGAAGCUCCCCGUCAGAUAUGCUCUCAAAAAAGAAAUUUUUGGCAUCUCAAAACACGAAGUUGAAAAAAUAUGCUCAAAGCUUUUUUUGUAUCCCAAAAUGAGAAUGCAUCAGUUGACUGAGCAGAAUAUUAUGGCUAUCACAAAGGAGCUUAACGACUUGGAAAUUGAAAAUGCCAAAAAGACACAGAUCAGAGAUAAUAUUGCAUUCAAAAAAAACAUUGGUUCCUAUGCUGGUAUGCGACAUGUUUUGGGUUUGCCAGUUCAUGGUCAACGUACUAAGAAUAAUGCAAAGACUGCUAAGAAAUUGAAUAGAUUGAACAGAAAGCUCUGA